GUGCUGCAGAAGAGUGCGAUGUGGUAGCCCCUCUUGUUGGGUGAGAUUUUUCGGCUGCUUAAACCAAACAAAGUUGAAGUGAUUGGAGUGUUGCCGUGUUCGGCAGGAGCUGCGUAGAUGUUUGCCAAGGUUUCCACGCGUGAUUCGCGCAUUUCACCCGAAAAUUAAGAAUCGAAAAAAAAUAACAAACAGACCCCGGAGUGAAUCGAACGUGGAGCUGCAAGCUGCUCGCGCGCUCUCGUCGAGUGCUGUGCAAAGCUUCGAAACAAGUGAAAUUAAUGGUAAUUAAACAUCGAUUGAAUGUGCAGUGUGCAGUAUUCCUCCCCACCCAUGCAUCAUUGUUCGCGUCCGGAAGAUCACCAAUCGGCCGUAAUGAGAGAAAUGAGAAUCGAAGUGAUUUCCGAUCGGGUCCGUAAAUCGGAUUGAAGUGCCCCACGCCACGGUUUGUGUUGUUUGCGUGUGUGUGGCUGUGCCGAUGAAUAAAUGUGCGCGGGAGGGAAAUUUUAAUGCAUUGAUUUAAUUGAUGGGAAAAGGCCACUAGUGCGCGAGAGAAUGGAUGGAUCUCCUCCAGUACAGCAGUGAGUGAAAACGCAGAAAAUACGAUUGUGCCCGUGUGGAGCAGCCCGCCAGUUGUGAUUCCGUACCAUAAAUAAGAUCCUGCAGUGAGUGAGUGAGUGGAGUUUUUUUUUUCUCUCAAGUGGAAAGUUUUCCAACCCGAGUCCCAGUGCAAAAUGGCCAAGAAGAAAAAGAACCAGCAACAGCUCCCGAUGGUGGUUCCGACAACGAGCACCAGUAGUAGCCACCACCAUCAGCAGAACGGCGGCGCCCACAAGAAGCUGCACAAAACUCGUGACUCGGACUGCUGCAGCAUCAAUUUCGUUAAAUACGUGCUUCAUAUAUUCAAUAUCAUCUUUUUCAUGUCCGGUCUGGUGAUACUGGCCGUCACGGUGUGGACCGUCUUCUGGAAGCAUCAGUACGUGUCGCUCCUGUCGACGACAAACUACGCCAUCGGAACGUACUCGCUGCUGGCGGCCGGGCUGUUGGCCCUCUUGGGCGGAUUCAUCGGGUGCUGUGGAGUGUGGCGGGAGCAGCGACCGAUGCUGCUGUUGUACACCUUCAUACUGCUGUUCGUGUUCCUGCUGGAGGCCAUCGUCGGUGGACUUGCUUACCUGUACGAAACCCAGAUCGAACUGGAGUUGCAGCACAGCCUCAACAGCACCUUUAUGGAGCAGUACGGUGUCAGCGAGCGACAAACCGAAGCCAUCGAUCGCAUGCAGCAAGAGUUCGGCUGCUGUGGAGCAGUGCGCUUCGAGGACUGGCGCUACAGCGUGUGGUUGCGGUCCCGCCGAAAGGAUCUGAUUCGACCGACCGAAGGCCGCCGGGUACCGGACUCGUGCUGCAUCAGCAUGACACCAAAGUGCGGCCUCAGCGACGGCCCGAGCAACAUUCCCUACACGGGCUGCAUCUACAAGAUGGCCGACGAGCUGAAGCACCACCUCAUCCUGCUGGGGGCCAUCGGGCUCGGUAUUUGCGUGAUUCAGGUGUUCGGCAUGAUACUGUCCUGCUGUCUGUACGUCAAGCUGAAGGAUGUGCUCGAUUGACAAAAGCCAGCGGAUCCGAUAGUCGAACUAAUGGAUCCGCUGCCGGAUAACAUCAGCCUCAUCUACGGCUACGACGACCAAACGAUUUGAGCGGUUUCAUUCGCUGCGGCGUGGCUCAGCGAAGCGAAGCAGUUAUCAAAUUGAUCUUCACGAUGAAUAUUGAAUGUAAAUAGGAUUGGGAUGCUUAGAUGUGACUUGUGACGUUUUAAGGAAAAACAUUUGUACAGUUUGCACAUAAGAACCUAUGAUUAGGAAAUUAGAUGUUAAAUGAUUUCAAGAUUUUAUUUCAACAGAAGUUCUAAUAUUUGUUAUCAUAUAUAAAAAGUAUUUAUUACAAAAAAGGAGCGUACAUGCCUUGUAAAAAGUACAACUUCCAAUCAAAGUGAAAUAUAGUCAAUAGAACUUACGAAAAGCUA